AUGUCCUUGCUGGGUUCCAGAAACAAACAUCUCCUCGCAGGCAUGAGUAAACGGACUAAACGCCAGCGAACGAGCCCAACAGCUGCUGGGGAGUCGGUGCCAAAGAAAACACGCAGCCACAAAGCUUCAAAACAGCUACUGUUAACUGCCUGUCCACUCCGGCCAACAAAAGUAAGUAAGACCCCGGAAUUAACUUCUGAAAGGACUGUGGCUGUUGAGGAGGGGUGCCUUAAAGCUUGUCUCCCCGGGGAGAAGUAUACGACGCCAUCUUCCCCCAGCGUCUCGGGAGAGGCAGCGAACGCCAGUUUUGGGAUAAGAUGCAGGAGAGUUUACUUUGAACCUCCAAUAAUCUCCUUUACUCAAACUCGGAAGAUCAAGCAUGCUAGUAAACCUGAAACCCCUUCCUGUAAACCUGAGUGCCCAGACAUGCAGCUUCUAGACCCGGCAUUUGAGUUGCAACUACGGGACUCCUUUGUGGAUUUAUCUCUGACAGACCAGGGGGUUGUAAUUUCAAAUCUAAAGGAGCUAGUGAAGGACUUUGAGAAGCUGCAAGGAAACUCAGGUGGUGCUCUGGUGCAGGCUCUUGAUCCAUCUUACCCUACAGAACCGGACUCUUUGCUGUCUAGCAAUUUCUCUAAAAUAAUACAGCAAGCCUGCCUGGGUCAAUUUGAACAAACUGAACAAAAGACAUUCUUGGACCAAGCAAAGUCAUUGGAAUGCAACUCUGCCUGUAGUUUUCCGCUGGCUAUCUGGAAAGAAACUCCCACGAACUCUGAUGUGCUGGAAGGUGAGGCAAUUAAUCAGACAUCCGUCUCUAAGGUCACUCACUCAGAUCAGCUGUGCCUAAUGGAUGUCGAAGAGCCAUCGGUGAUAUCCUCGCUGUUAACCCCUACACAGCCUUCCAACCAAGAGCUGAUUGUGCUCACAGGAGAGAUAGAGCCAAAUGUGAUUACAGAGUUUCCAGUGGAUGCUGACCACAGUGCAGGGCCAUCCUCCACUCCAGGCUGGCACUCAAAGAGGGAACACAGUGAUUUCCUGGACUUUAUCUCUUCUUUUGAUGUUAUCUGCCUGCAAGAAAGUUGGUGUGCUUAUAAACCGUUUGUUGAUGGGUAUGCCUCCUAUACAUUGCCGGCUUCAGAAAUCGAUAAGCAGGCUGCAGUAAAGGGUUCUCGUUUAUAUGCAGCGUUUAUAGAUUUUAAAGCAGCCUUUGAUUCUGUUCCAAGGGACAAGCUGUGGCGCCAACUGUACAGUACAUCAAUUGACCGUAGACUUUUAUUCCUCAUGAUGAAACUGUACGAAAAUUCUAGUAUGCAGCUCCGCAUUCUGUCGCCUGCCCCUCUCCCCCUGAAGCAUGAUGAGGCUGGGCCCUGGUGGUGGCUGGCAGCAGCAGCAAGUUUCAAGGAGGCUAUAGCGUGGCAGAAGGGAAGCGAGGGGGCUGGGCGGUGGCUGGCAGCAGUGGCGGUGACAGUCCAAGCACCCCCUCUAUGUGUGCGCUGGAAGAGUUAUUUCCAGGACUGGGUGCUGAUGAUGCUCUCUGCUCAGACCUCUGUGGGACGCGUGUUGGUAAUACUGGUGUUCCUGUUUAGUAUUGGAUCACUCAUCAUUUAUUUCAUCAACUGUUACAGUGCCAAACAAUUCUGCCUCUCCUUCCAAGACAGGACAAUUAACGUUGACCUCUUCUUCAAUAUAUUUUUCCUCUUUUAUUUCGGAUUGCGGUUCUUGGCAGCCAGUGACAAGUUGAAGUUUUGGGUUGAGCUUAAUUCCAUUGUGGACUUCUUUACCAUCACUCCUGUCUGUGUUUCCUUCUACUUGAAAAAGAACUGGCUUGGUUUGAGGUUCUUGAGAGCACUCAGGCUGUUGGAGCUUCCAAAAAUAUUACAGUUCCUCCAAAUCAUAAAGAGUGGUACUUCAAUCAAGCUGUCCAAACUUCUGGCUGUGUUUGUAAGCACUUGGCUCACUGCUGCAGGGUUUCUUCACUGGAUAGAGAAUUCUGGUGACCCCUGGGAAAGUCUGACCAACUACCAACAACUGAGUUACUUUGAGUGUUUAUACAUGGUUAUGGUAACCAUGUCUACAGUUGGAUAUGGAGAUAUUGUGGCCAAAACUACCUUAGGGCGUUGCUUCCUCCUUUUCUUUGUCAUUGGUGGACUGAUGCUGUUUGCAAAUUUUGUGCCUGAAAUAGCAGAUAUUGUUGGAAGCACUAAGAUCUACAAAGGCUCCUACAAGACAGUGAAAGGCAGAAAGUUUAUUGUUGUUUGCGGUGACAUCACUCUGAACAGUGUGACAGCUUUUCUAAGAGACUUCCUAUGCCAGGACCCAGGAGAGAUCACCACUGAGAUCCUCUUUCUGGGAGAAACUGCCCCCGAUCUGGAACUGGAAACUGUAUUCAGAUGCUAUUCUGCAUAUGCCACUUUCUUCCAAGGCUCAAUACUGAAAAACGAAGAUCUGAAGAGAGUUCGGAUAAAUGAUGCUGAUGCAUGUCUCAUCUUAGCUGACACAUGUUGUGCCACGCCCUACACUGAGGACACUGCUAACAUCAUGAGGGUGUUGUCCAUCAAGAAUCAAUAUGCCAAUGUCAGGGUUAUAAUACAGAUCAUCCAGUCUUCUAACAAGGUCUACCUGCCAAAACUCCCCAACUGGGGCUGGAAAAGAGGCGACUGUAUCAUCUGCUUUGCUGAACUCAAGCUUGGAUUGAUAGCACAAAGCUGCUUAGUGCCAGGCUUAACCACCCUGUUGACCAGGCUUUUUGUUCGGGAGAGCACUCAGACAACAAACCUUUUGCUUGGACACUGGCAUGAAAUACAAGGCAUGGACUAUAACGUGCUGACUGGCUUGCUCUCCAAUGAUUUCGUUGACAUGACCUUCAAAGAAGUUUGCCGAAUAUGCUUUGUGAAGCUGAAUCUCAUGCUGCUUGCUGUCCAGUUCAAAUACGGUUUUUAUGCCAACAGCAUCCUGAUCAAUCCACCUUCAACUGUUAAAAUCCAGUGCAACACGAUGGGCUUUUUCAUUGCCAGAACUUCAGCAGAAGUCAAAAGAGGUUCACCAAUCGUAGAAGGAAAAAAAAGUGAAGGCUUGCUAGACUCUACAGGAAUGUUCCAUUGGUGUGAAGCUGUGCCUUUUGAAAAGGUCCUCUUGACUAGAAAAAAGAAGUUCGGCCGUGUGCUGCGCAACCACAUUGUCGUCUGUGUUUUUGGAGAUGCCAGCUCAUCGCUGAUUGGUCUCCGUAACUUUGUGAUGCCUCUGCGUGCCAGUAACUUCACCUUUAAUGAAUUGAAGGAUGUUGUCUUUGUUGGAUCUCUUGAAUAUCUCCAGAGAGAAUGGGAAUUCAUCCAGAAUUUCCCCAAACUGUUUGUAUUGGAGGGCAGUGCCCUUUGCUGUGCAGAUUUGAAGGCUGUCAACAUCAAGCACUGUGCCAUGUGUGCUGUACUCUCAGCUUAUGCCAGAGAUGCUGGUGAUCAGACCUUAGUGGACACCAAAUCUAUCCUGGCUACCCUCAACAUACGUUCCUUGCAGUUUAAAUUCGGUACAUCAGCAGAAGUAGCUUCCAAUGCACAAUUCUUUGAGCAGAACAUUAAGGAAAACACAGGUGACAUUCACAACCAGCAUUCCAUGCGUUUUUCCAGAGGAACAGUAUUCUCUGACAGCUUUCUGGAUUCUCUGUUGUGUACUGCCUACUAUAAUCAUCAUGUGUUGGCUUUGCUCCAGACUCUGGUUACUGGUGGAACCACCCCACAACUGGAAGAAUAUCUGGCAGAGGAGACGUCACUGAGUGGCAGUUAUAACAACAUAAUACAAUUUGCUCCACGAAACAGGUGCAAGCUUGCACUAUUACCAAUAGCAGAUGAUCCAGAUUUAUUAGAUGGAAUCCUGAUCUUUUUUGGAGAUGUCUACUGCAAAGCACUUGACAUGCUUGGGAUCAUUUGCUUUGGUCUUUAUCGCAUAGAAGAGGAGGAAAAUAAUCCAGUUGAAAAUAGGAAAUUGUGCAAAAUGCUGCUCAGUUUCUUGUUUGUGAUUUCCCGGCCAUCCAACAAUUUGGAGAUCUUUGCUUCUGAUCUAGUCUUUUGCCUUGUUCCAUCGAACACUUCAGCAACUGACCUGACUGAUGUGAUUGAAAAUAUUAUACCAAAGCAACGGAGACAAGGCUUGAGUAAUACAAAAGCAAAAGUAUUUGGUUAA